CUGGCUAUCCAAUGAGUGUCGCUCGCUGCAUUGCAAGAAUUUGUGAGGCUCUGGAAGACAAAAUUUCUGUUGCCAGAUUAAUAAAAUAGAGAAAAUGAGCAGCAGAUGGAUGGUUUCAAUGAAAGAACUAAAGAGGGUGAGCUUCAUAGCAGCACCAAUGGUUGCAGUCACUGUGUUGCAGUAUCUCUUGCAGGUUGUUGCAGUGAUAAUGGUGGGACACGUUGAUGAACUCGCCCUCGCCGGAGUCUCCAUAGCCACCUCUUUCACAAGUGUAACCGGCUUCAGUUUCCUUUUUGGAAUGGCUGGUGCGUUGGAGACUCUAUGUGGACAAGCCUAUGGAGCUGAACAAUAUCAGAAGCUUGGAACUUAUACUUACUGUGCGAUCAUAUCACUCAUUCUGGUUUGCUUUCCAAUUUCAGUCCUGUGGCUCUUCACAGACAAGCUAUUGAUACUUAUAGACCAGGAUCCUGCAAUCGCAAAAGUCGCGCAAAAGUACUCGGUUUGCCUCAUUCCAAACCUUUUCUCAUAUGCUGUACUUCAAGCUUUGAUCCGGUAUUUCCAGACCCAAAGCUUGAUCCAUCCGAUGCUCAUUAGCUCUCGUGUAACUUUGUUUUUUCACAUACCUCUUUGUUGGGCAAUGGUGUUUAAGUUUAAACUGGGAAGUAUUGGAGCAGCAUUAGCUAUUGGUAUAUCAUACUGGUUGAAUGUAUUCCUUCUUGGAUUUUACAUGAAACACUCGUCAAGAUGUGAAAAAACUCGUGCUGCGCUCUCCAAGGAUAUGUUCUUAAGCAUCAAAGAGUUCUUCAAAUUUGCAGUGCCUUCUGCUAUAAUGACUUGUCCUGAAUGGUGGUCCUAUGAGGUUCUCAUUUUGCUGUCUGGGUUGCUGCCUAAUCCAGAACUUGAGACUUCAAUGCUUUCCAUAUGCUUUACCAUUACUUAUCUGCACUACUUUAUACCAUAUGGAUUUGGGGCUACUGCAAGCACUAGAGUUUCCAAUGAACUUGGAGCUGGUAAUCCUCAGGCAGCAAAAAUGGCUGUUUGUGCCAUAAUGGUUCUUGCAGUCACUGAGGUGGUCCUUGUAAGCACAACUCUCUUCUUCUGUCGCCACAUUUUGGGAUAUGCAUUAAGCAAUACCAAAGCAAUUGUAAAUCAGGUGGCAAAAAUGGGUCCUUUUCUAUGUCUCUGCAUCGUCACGGACAGCUUACAAGCAGUACUCUCAGGGGUUGCAAGAGGAAGUGGGUGGCAAAAUUUAGGAGCUUAUGUAAAUCUUGGAGCAUAUUAUCUGGUAGGAAUUCCAGUUGCUGCAAUAUUGGCCUUCGUUUUACACUUGAAUGGGAAGGGUCUUUUGAUUGGACUUGCUACAGCCUCUUCUGUACAAGCGGCUUUUCUAGGUCUCAGAACAAUCUUCACGGAUUGGCAAAAACAGGCAUCAAAAGCAAGGGAGAGAAUUUUUGAAGCAGAUACUCAGCGAAGUUGAAUGAGCAAAAAAUAUGCAGUUGACAGGCUAUGUAAGAGGAGAUAAUUCGAAGAAAAGUGUUUCCAGGGGCAUUGAUAUAUUACAAGCUGAAAUCAUGCCCCUAGAAACAUAGAAGGCUUCAUUCAACUUUUCUCGUUCUGUGAAACUACCCGUCCUGAUCAAAUAAGAAUGAGAACUUGCAAAUAUCUGUAGAACUAUAUUAGACAUACCAACUCUGUAUGUAACUAGCAUCAUUCAGUAACUCUAAAGUGCAUUGAA